AGAGCCAGAGUUCUCUCUACUCUUCGAAGCUUUCUCCCACCAAACCACCAACCCAGAUCUCAAUCUUCAUCCAGGAAAAAGAAGAUGAGCAGCCGUUCAAGUAGAACUAUUUACGUCGGAAACCUUCCCGGCGAUAUCCGCGAGCGAGAAGUCGAAGAUUUGUUCAGUAAGUAUGGACCUGUUGUUCAAAUCGAUUUGAAGAUUCCACCAAGGCCUCCUGGCUAUGCCUUCGUCGAGUUUGAGGAUCCUAGGGAUGCUGAAGAUGCAAUUCAUGGUCGUGACGGAUAUGACUUUGAUGGCAAUUGUUUACGGGUGGAGCUAGCACAUGGUGGGAGGCGUUCAUCUAAUGAUGCUCGUAGUAGUUACGGUGGUGGUAGCCGCGGUGGUCGUGAUGGUGGGGAUCGUGGACGUGGACCAUCUAGGAGAUCUGAGUACCGAGUUAUUGUGUCAGGUUUGCCUUCAUCUGCUUCAUGGCAAGACCUCAAGGAUCAUAUGCGUAAAGGAGGAGAAGUCUGUUUCUCUCAAGUGUUCCGUGAUGGUAGAGGUACAACUGGAAUCGUGGAUUAUACCAGCUACGAGGACAUGAAGUAUGCGAUAAAAAAGCUUGAUGACACUGAGUUUCGGAAUGCGUUUUCUCGUGGAUAUGUCCGGGUUAGAGAGUAUGAUUCAAGGAGGGACUCGAGAAGCCCUAGCCGUGGAAGAUCUUAUUCUAAGAGCCGCAGUCGUAGUCGUAGUCGCAGCCGUGGGAGGAGCCACAGCCGCAGUCUUAGCCGCAGCAGAAGCAGGAGCAGGAGCCCAAAGGCUAAAUCAUCGCGUAGGUCGCCUGCACGAUCUACAUCGAGAUCUCCUCGCUCCCGCUCUAAGUCAAGGACACCACCUCCAAGAGGAUCUCGUUCAAGGUCAAGAUCCUCUCUGCCUCCUGUUCAGAAGGAAGCAAGCAAGAGCCCUACCAAGGUGAGCCCAGCCAAGAGCCCUAUGCGUAGCAGGAGCAAGAGCAGAAGCAGGAGUCCAUCUCGGUAAACCGAAAAAAGAGGGCUGGGUUGUCGGAAGAUUCUCCUAAGAAUCAUAUCUAUAUUAUGUUGUUCGUUUGUCUAAGACUUAAGUACCGAUAUUACUCUUGUUUUUAUUUUAUUUUUAAAUGUAUCACUGCAACAGUAUGUGUUUAAUAUUCUGUUGACAUAUUUUUACUUUUAUUUUUUAUAUUUUGAUAUAUUACUGCAGCAAUAUGAGUUGAAGAUUC